AUGUCUUCCAACCAAGACCCAAACGCUCUCAAGCGCAAGAGAGGAGUCGAGCAAGAUACUUCAUCAAAGAAGAUAAAGGGUGUCGUGUUACCCAAUGAUACGGAAAAUACCAAUCCGAACCUGAAACCAAGCAAAAUUCCAAUUCCUAAGCAUUCUCAAGGCACACUACUGAAUUCUUCUUCUCUUUCAAACAACUCAAGUACAUCAUCACAUAUAAAGGGAAGCAACUCUACAAGCAAUAGAACUAGUAUGAUCAGAGCAAAUGCUACCUCCAGAAUAACCACCAACCGAGCGAGCUCUACGCCAACCUCCAGAGUCUCACAGUACCAAAAAUCGAGCAACACCUUGCUCAACAACACAAGGCAAUCCAUGUCAAGAACCUUGUCAGCUCCACAAAAAACAAAACAACAAAGCUUUCAAAAGCAAGAGCAAGAAUCGACAAAACUUGAGCUGGAUCAAACCAAAUCAGAGCUAUCGCAGGUAUAUGAAGAGAACAAGCACCUCAAGUCUAAAAUUGAUGAACAACUCCUUCAAUUGAAGGAUUUGGUUCAGCUCGAAGAAAAGACCAAAUCGCUUGAAACUCUUUCGUUAAGGUAUCAAGACGACACUGUCCAACUUAAAUCGAUUAAUAAGUCUCAAGAGAUUGAAAUCCACGCUUUGAAAGGGUUACAAGAGAAGCUUCAAAUUGAUAACAUUGACCUUAGAGUUAAAGUUAGCUCCCUUGAAAAAGAAAUUGAAAUAGAGAGGAAACAAUCUGAAAUGGAUAAAGCGACUCUUAAGAUACAAUACGAAAGUGAAAUUAGAAUACAGAAAGAACAUUAUGAACAACAAUUGCAUGAAAUUGCGGAAAUUAAAGACAAGGAACACAAUUCAACCAAGGAAAGACUAACAAAAGAAAUUUCAAGAGUUAAAAGUGAGCUUGACCGCGUUCAAUUCGAGCUUACUUGUUCGAUCGAAGAUGCAAACACAAAGAGUGAAAAAAUUCGUGAGCUUGAGGAGAAGAUCCAACAACAAAUUCAGUACAUCCAAAAUCUAGAGAAUAAGCGACAUCAAGAUGAGAGUGAAAGAAGACGACUGCAUAAUAUUAUUCAAGAGCUUAAAGGAAAUAUCAGAGUUUACUGCAGAGUCAAACCAGCUCAAGAAAUGAAGUGUAUUUCAUAUCCUGAUGCAGAUGUAGACGAAAGAUGUAUCAACAUACAAGAAGACUCUAGAGUUACUGCAACAGGAGCAACAGCAGAAGGAAAGAAAUAUUAUUUCCAAUUUGAUAAGGUUUUCAAGCCAAAUUCUACACAAAAAGAAAUCUUUUUGAGAUUUCUCAGCUUGUACAGAGUGCACUCGACGGAUUCAAAGUUUGUAUUUUUGCUUAUGGACAAACAGGUAGUGGUAAAACAAAAAGCUAAAAGAAAAGGGUUGGUCAUUUACUGUUGUGGCAAGUUUUUAGAAAUUUAUAAUGAGACCAUAAGAGAUCUUCUUGACUCAACAAAUAAGGACAAUUUAAAAUAUGAGAUUAAGCAUGGAAAAGAUGGAUCAACAACCGUAACUGGUUUGAAAUAUGUAACAGUUAAUAGACCUCAACAGGUGCAAGAACUACUCAGAAUUGCUUCUAAGAACAGGGCAGUGGCAGCAACAUUGUCAAAUGAUCGAUCCAGCAGAUCACACUCUGUUUUCACUCUUCAGAUCACUGGAAGAAAUGACAACACAGACCAAACAACUCAAGGUGUUUUGAAUUUAGUAGAUCUGGCUGGAAGCGAGAGAAUUAGCAACAGUCAUCCAACUAAUAGUGACCGAAUGAAGGAAACACAAAACAUUAACUUGAGUUUGACAUGUUUGAGCAGUGUUGUAACUGCUCUUGCCAACAAGGCUAGCUAUGUCCCCUAUAGAGACUCCAAACUCACAUUUCUUCUUCAGAACUGUCUUGGAGGCGAUGCUAAAACACUCAUGUUUGUCACUAUAGACCCAGAAAAUGUAAAUGAAACGAUCCAAUCACUUCGCUUUGCAGCAAAAGUGAACUCUUGCGAAAUACAUGCCACAAGAAAGAUCAAGUAG